AAGAAGAACGACCAUCUAAGCGGGUUCGCAGUGACGUUGAUAUUGAUCCUCUCAUGACUGCAGUGGUACCAGCUCCUUCAUCGUUUUCUGAUCCAAAAGUCUGGAAGGGGCAUCAGUCAGAAUCUCCACUUCUUCUUAAUCAUCGCCCGUCGACUGCAAACGGAGUUCCAAUCAUGUUAUCUCACCCAAUCUUUUCAAAAUUCCAAGAACUCUACAAUAACUGUGAAGUCAAUCAAGAGGAAUGUGAUUUUGUAUUGAAUCUUACUUCGGUGAUGUCAGAUCCAUUCAAAGAUGAGGAUAACAGAAGAGAUAAGUUCGUUGAGAUUGUGGAGCAGUACUUUCUUCGCACCUGUGAUCGAACUUUCUUUGGCAAGACGCAUACAGAUGAAUGCAUUACGAUGCGCAAGGGCCUUUUACGGAUUCCGCUGGCAAUACUAGAAGUUAAACCCGAAUUGGGUAUUGGUAGUGGUUGCCCAUAUGUGCAAGCUACUGCAUAUUACGGCCGGUAUAUUGUUGGUGGAUUAUCUGAAGCACAUAAAAACGAUCAUGAGCAGCUGCGGUACAGCAGUUGUUGUCCUGCGUUUCUCAUUUAUCUAACAGGUCCCUAUGUUGGAAUUGCUGGUGCUGUGUACUCUGGACGAGCUUCAUUUGACCCUCUCUCCCCAGUAAUACCACUUCUCUUCCUUAAUCAUUAUCCUGAGUCAAUGUUGUUGGCAGCAAGAGUAUUCCGUGCUCUGAAAAUUUGCCUUUCAGAAUUGGAGACUUAUUAUGAAAAUCUUAAAUUUAUUUCAAAAAAUGAUAAUAUUCCCCAACAAGCUGCUUUUCCCUACAUUCAAGAAUUUGAUUUUAAUGAUGUCACAAUCCAUUUCAGCUACUUGAAACGAAUUGCUAAUAAGCUUACAUAUGUUGUUGAAGUUUCUAAUGAAUAUGAAUCAGUAACAAAAGGAAAACUGCUGGUAAAAUUCACACGUCAAUAUGGGUUAGAGACACACCAGUAUUGUUCCAAUAAUGGUAUAGCACCAAAGUUAUUUGGUUGUCAGAAUAUUCCUGGGGGGUGGAAAAUGGUGAUUAUGGAAUAUCUUGAUGGCUAUUCCAGACUCUGUGAUUUAGACAGACAGAUGAAAGAAGAGGUGCAAAUGUCUGUAAUGGAGGCUGUGCAGGUUAUGCAUUCUGAAAAUUAUGUUCAUGGUGAUUUGAAAAGUGUUAAUAUAAUAAUAUCUGAGGGAAAUGUGAAACUCUUAGACUUUGACUGGAGUGGAAAAGAAGGAAUGAUUACAUAUCCUCAUUUCAUAAAUCGUAUCAGUAUAAAAUCGUGGCAUAGUGAAGUGUGUGCUGGAGCUUUAAUAAGAAAGACACAUGAUUUGCACUCAUUAGAUCACAUUUUUAAAAAUGAAUAA